AUGGAUGAGGACAAAGGUGAAGAGGAGGGUGAGUCAAAAAACAGGCAGUGCUUAAAUGAAAAAUCAGUGUCAAAUAGUGAUUCUCAGAAUAAUAACAUAGUUUCAAGUCAGGUUCAGAAUACAAGUGAAAUGGCUGAUUUCCUUGGGAUUGUCCACCAAGACUCAUCAUCUUGUGAGAACAAGCAGAGAACAUUACCUCCAGAGGGAGACCAUGAAAACACAUCACAGUUUUUCCCACUGGUUAGUCAUCGGAAGCUAUCUUUAAAUGGUGCUGGAACAGCAAAUGGAGCUGGUUUAGUCACUUCUCCUGUGAAUGCCGUAGGAAAAGCCUCAAGUACAGGAACUCUUCCUCCUACUUCACAGUUUUAUGUUCAUGGUAACAAAGCAGAGUAUAUGGUUCCUUCUGCGGCUUCUGAUUUUAUGGCAAACUUCCCUGCUUUGAUCUGCAGUGGUUGUUUAGGCCUUGGUCUAGGAAAUGGCCCACAACUUACUGGUACCUGUAGUGCUAAUUCAGCAAAGACAGCCAAUGGAGAGUCUGAGGCAGAUUUUAUGGUGUGUGGGCAGAAUAUGUUCACACAUGCCUCACAGCCAGUGCUGUCACCCCCACAUAAUCAGGGACAGGCUGUUUACAACUGGCAGUCAACCAAAAUCAGCGUAAAAGAACGAUUGGCUUACCUCUACAGCACUGGUUCGAUGACUGACAUUCAGUUUAAGGUUGGUAAGCCGCCAGAUCACCAGAUAAUGUCUGCUCACAAGUUCAUCCUUUCGAUCGGUAGUGCUGUUUUUGAUGCUUUAUUUAAUGGUCACUUGGCAGCUUCAGAAAAUUUGAUUGAAAUCCCAGACAUCGAACCGACAGCAUUUUCGGCACUGAUGAGGUUUCUUUAUACAGAUGAGGUGAAAAUCGGGCCUGACACGGUCAUGACUACACUUUACGCUGCCAAAAAAUAUGCCAUACCUGCAUUAGAGCGAGCGUGUGUGGAGUUUUUGAAACGUGACCUGACCCCUGAUAAUGCGUUCAUGCUGUUAACACAAGCUCGUUUGUUCGAUGAACCACAGCUGGCGGCGUUGUGUUUGGAGAUGAUAGACAAGAACACCACAGAAGCUCUUGCAGCUGAAGGGUUCACUGAUAUCGAUUUGGAUACCUUAUGUGCAGUUCUGGAGCGGGACACUUUGGGCAUUAGAGAAUGUAAACUGUUUUCUGCUGCUUGUAGAUGGGCAGAAGCUGAAUGCAUUAGACAGAAUCUCACCCUUCCAACAAGUAACAAUCAGCGCCGUGUUCUGUCUCGAGCUCUACGUCUGAUCAGGUUUCCGCUGAUGACGGUGGAAGAGUUUGCUGUCGGACCAGCACAGAGUGGAAUCUUGGAGGACAGAGAGGUGGUGGAGCUGUUUCUAUACUUCACUGUCAAUCCUAAACCCAGCAUUAGUUUCCUGGAUGUGCCCAGAUGUUGUCUGACUGGCAAGGAGCAGGUGGUCUCAAGGUUCUGUCAGAUUGAAAGUAGAUGGGGCUACAGUGGAACCAGUGACAGGAUAAGAUUAAUGGUCAACAGAAGAAUAUUUGUUGUGGGCUUUGGUUUGUAUGGAAGCAUUCAUGGUCCUACAGAAUAUGCUGUGAAUAUUCAGAUUAUCCACAUGGACUCUGCAAAAAUUGUAGGCUCCAAUGAUCCAACUUUCCAGUGUGAUGGAACCACAUCAACAUUUCGUGUUAUGUUUAAAGAACCUGUGGAAAUACUGCCAAACACUAGCUACAUUGCCAGCGCCACAUUAAAGGGCCCUGAUUCGUAUUAUGGCUCUAAAGGUCUGCGUAAAGUCACCCAUGAAUCAGUUUCCAGUGGCAAGGUCACUUUUCAGUUCACGUAUGCAGCUGGUAAUAACAAUGGGACUUCAGUUGAAGAUGGACAGAUACCCGAAAUUAUUUUUUACACAUGA